GCCCUCGAUCGACGUGCCCGUGAACACAAAGUUUUCAUUCAUAGCGCACUAAAUUGAAACAACAAACACGUACGCAGCCCACAGGUGUGCAUGUGUGUGUGAGUGUGUGUGAGUGUGUGAUUGAGUAUAAGUACUCACAGGGCAAACACUCCGAGCGGGUCUCUCAACCGUUAGCUAAUCCUCUGAUUCGCUUGAAAUUCUCAGCGUUUUCACUUUUCUGUCUCAACUCUCACUUUAUAAUUACACACACACACACACGCACACAUACACACAUGCACUCGCUGCUCGGCUACUUAUUACAUUUUGGCCAAAAUGGUUAUCGACUCGAAUGCCGGCAUUCAGUUUCUCCGACAUUUUUAAACAAUGCAGUUCGAGCCGCUGUAAUUCGCCCAACAAUUCGCAAUUUAAUUGAAGAAUUUAGUUCAACAUGAGAUACUCGCUUCUACUAUUGCCAUAUCUAUUCUUAGUCAGCAGCUGUGGCGGCGCCUCGAUCUUGGAUUUCGUCACACAAUCCGCCCCACAAUCGGAUAAUCCGACAACAACUGCAGUUCCGGCGACAACACAGCCAGGUACGAAUCGUGAUAUAACCAUUGGACCCUGCAAAUGGGCCAUAGGACGACGCUGUCCAGAUCCAGAUGUCAAAUAUUACAUUUACACGCGUCACAAUGUCAUGGAUCGUCAAGCAAUUCACAUUGAUGAGUCAGCGGAGAAGUCGAAUCUCACCAACUCCUUUUUCAAUCCCAGACAUCCCACUAAGAUACUCAUACAUGGUUACAACUCCGAUAUGUUCCUAAAUCCGCUUCAAAGUAUGCGAGAUGAAUACCUGGCCAAAUCGGACUAUAAUGUGUUGUAUGUGGACUGGAGCGUGUUGUCGCCGGGUCCUUGCUACGUUAGCGCUGUGCACAACACGCGGCAAGCGGGCGCCUGCACGGCGCAACUGGUGGAGCGUCUGGUGGAGACGGGCAACACGGAUAUACACAUCAUCGGUUUCUCGCUGGGCGCUCAGGUGCCCAACUAUAUAGCGCGCAAUUUGAAAUCGUAUAAGCUGCCCCGCAUCACUGGACUGGAUCCGGCGAUGCCAUUAUUUAUUACUGCCGGGGUGAAUGAUAAACUGGAUCCCAGUGAUGCGGACUUCGUCGAUAUUAUUCACACCAAUGCGCUGGUGCAGGGCAAACUGGAGCGAUGCGGUCAUGCGGAUUUCUAUAUGAACGGCGGCAUUUCACAGCCUGGCUGCAGUGGACAAAUGUGGAUGAAUUCAUUUGCGUGUAGUCAUCAGCGGGCGACGGCUUACUAUCUGGAGUCCAUACGCUCACCUAAAGGUUUCUGGGGCUGGGCAUGCAGUGGCUACAUUGCCUACCUGCUGGGCAUGUGUCCGCCGACAAACUAUCUGCUCGAGGCUGGCGAAAACAUACGUCCCGGUACGCGUGGCAUGUUCAUGAUCGACACAAAUGACACCUCACCUUAUGCGCUGGGCAAGUGGACGGAUUUGCCAACGCUGGGCGUGAAGCAUCUACGCAUUCCACAACGGCCACUGAUGAAGCCCACACAAAGCGUUGAUCCGCUGCUGCAGCACAUCGAUCAGUUUGGAAAGCUGGCGACCAACUUUAACAAUUUGCCACCAGCACCGUUUGCUGGAAUCCAGGAUCCUUAUGAGCAAUGGACAAGUUACAGUCCGCCACAGUAUGCGGACAGCGAGAGCGAUGACUCUGUGGAGGAGCAAACUCCGGAUUCGGAGGACUUUGUCGACAUGGAUGAUCGUCAAUUAAAUAAGCCACUGAACUGGUGGGACUAUCGACGCAAUCUCACACUUGGCUAUAUAGACAAUUACAUAUUCAGCACGCCAAAGGUGAAUUAGUCGUAUUAAUCCUGGCAGUCCUUGCUAAACUCCCUUCCUUGCCCCCAAGUCACAUUUAACAUUAUUAUAUGUAAGUAUUGAAGGCCCGCUUUCAAGUACGCUUCUUGAAUAUCUGGCGAAUUUUAAAUAAAAGUUCUGCAAUUUGAGGAUCUA